GACAGAGGAGAGGAGAAGAGAGGAGGAGAGGACAGAGGAGAAAGGAGGAGAAGGAGAGUCAGGGCAGCAGUAGAUGAUGUCAUCCUGGGUGGUGGCGGUGAGGGCGUAGCUCCUCUCAGAUGGACAGGUGCAGGUGAGGGCAGAGCUUUCAGACGGCAGCUUUCUGCAGCUGAACAGGACGGACGAAGACUUGGCUCACAUGAUGAAGAGGCUGGUGGAUGGUUUCCCUGACGACCGGGAGACGCUGUCCUGCAGACUGCCCUCAGGUGCUGACCUGAGGUCAGAUCCUGAAGUUAAAGCUGUGGAGAUGAACAAACUGCUCGACACCAUCAUCAGGUUGCCACACAAGUUUUCUCAGUCUGAAGCGGUACUUGCUUUCUUUGAGCUGUCUGCUGAGGACCAGGUCUUCAGGCCUGAGGAAGACCAGAUGUUCCAACAGGAAAAGUCCAGGCAGGAAGAGGACGGGACCUUCAGACAGGAGGUGGACCAGAUCACCACACGGGACGAGGACCAGGAUUUGAAUGUCUUCCAGAGUCCAGUGGCCUUGUCAGAGAUCAUGAGGUCAAAUGGUUUCUGUCUGGCGAACACUGAGACCAUCCUGUUUGACCUGACUCCGCCCACACAGGACAUCACGCAAUCAGAUGACUCCACAAGCAGAAGGGAUGAUGGGCAGGCUGGUGAAGAGGCGGAGCUUGAAACGCAGGACAGUCUUGCCCCUCUUCCCCACCCCAUCCACCUGACGUCUCACCUGCUGCUCACCUGGACACAAGAGACCGACAUCCUGGACUGAGACAAACUGAAUAAAAGUACAAACCUUGGAGACACAGAUGGAGGAGAUCGACCCUAAUGGUAGCUGGGAGCUUGUCGUCAUGGUGACGCUCCUCUUAUCUUCCUGCUGAUCCAUCUAUUGACUGAUGGUUCGAUGGAAAGCUCUUCAGGCUGAUGGACUCUGGUGGACUGUCGGAGGAAAAAGCAGCUGAGUGUGCGAUCGAGGUCACAGAGGAGUCGAUGUCUGCUGCCCCACAUUUCCAGAAUGAGGCAGAGCCCAGGACUGUUAGCUUAGCUUAGCACAAAGACUGGAAAUGAGGUGAGAUGUUAGCUUAGCUUAGCACAAAGACUGGGAAUGAGGUGAAGCGUUAGCUUAGCUUAGAUGUCUGAAAUAGAUGUUGUCUGUUAUUAUGUCAUAUUAAAGAAGAAAAGCUCAAUGCAGAACUGAUUUAACAAAGUGUUUACCUGAGCAGGUUUAUUCAGGUUGAUGUCUCGGUGUUUGAAGCCCUCAGUUUUGUCUGAUAGACAUAACCUUUCUCUGCGUUUGGUGUUUUAGCAGAUCAGAUAUCAGAUUGGUUGCUAAUUUCCCAAUAAUUUCCUUCCAAGUGUUUUGGAAAAAGCAGCUCCAGUUGUUUAGCUGUUUAACUAACUGUGGAGCAAACAGCAUCACGUUCUGAGACGGGAGUCAGUCUCUGAGUUUCCUUGAGGAGCUGCAGAAAACUGAAUGAGUGAAACUCACUGACUGACUGGAAACUAUU